AAAGAAAUUUGGAUUGGUAAUCAAAGCAGAAUAGGAUACUGACUACGGGGGAAACUGGUGUGUGGCAUUGGAUCACUGUAGUAAUCGAUAUACUGUGAAGAACAGCUAAAUUCAAAAGUUGACCAAACUUUCAUGUAAGCAUUGGAUGUAAGCAUUGGAUAUUUAAAAGCAUAUCCACAGAACAAGACUGGUUGUCGAUACUACUUUCCAUAAAGAACUCUAGGUCGACUAUGGAAGCAUCCGGUGGCGACAACUUCAAACGAAAGCCAAGAAGAAUUGGCCCGAAACGUAUUUUCAGUAAAGUAUAUUAAUUACAAAAGCUUUUGAAUUGAUUACGUAAUGUUAAAUGUGGAAAGCAGUAUUGGACUGAACUGAAGGAAGGUGGCAUACAGCUAGGAGACUUCAAUUGUCAGUGAUGACUUGUAUUCAAGGACAGGAUUAUACAGUCACAUCGUUCUUUCAAACUCAUGGAAAUAACAGAUUACCUAAAGGAAGCCCAGAACGUGUAUAAGGAAUCUUAUCAAAAUUUAGUGAUCCCUUGAGAUUGUUGCUGACAGCGAACGUUUGUCGAGUUAAUACUCUUUGGCAGACUUGAAUAACCACAAACCGUUCUGCGUUCCUUGAUUUUAUUGAUCGGAAAUUAAAAUUUACACCUGAUUUAAUAGUUGGAUAUCCGGCAUCGAAAUAAACUCGACAUAUUAUAAGGACUGCAGACAGAUAAAAGAGGAAUUAUUAGUAAAUAAACUAUUAUAAGUAAGUGUAAAGUGCUAGAAGUGAAUAUAUUAAUGACAAUGGAUUCAUUUAAUUUUGCCUUGAUGGGAAACGUAACAAACGGUAGUGAUGGGAAUUUCUCCUUCAAUUUCGAUAUGUUUAAAUUAGAGUCGGAUACGUCUAUUAUCACAUUCACAAUAUUAUCGACAAUUCUAUGUGCGACUGCUAUAAUUGCCAACUUCGCUACAAUGUUGAUCGUCAUCUUUCUACCAAAGCAGACACCAUUCACGAAGUUGUUCGUAAAUUUAGCAAUUUGCGAUAUCCUCGGAACUCUUGCGAUUUAUGUCGGCGAUGUUGCAUUCAGAGCUGGGACACAUUGGAACGUUGCGAUAGAAACAUGCAAUAUGCUCUUCAAAAUUGGAGGGACAUGUUUCAGUUUGUUUUUCUUCACGUCAGCCGUUACACUGCUCGUCUUCGCCAUAAUGCGGUUCAUCUGCAUCACUAAACCAAAUUCAUUCAAACCUCUCUUUGAAAGUACAAAAAAGGUGGCGCUGUAUAUAGUGCUUUGCUGGUUGAUAUCGCUCUGUUUUACCCUACCCACCAUCGUAUGUGACCAUGUGAAACAAAGGUGUUAUCGUCUCUCAAGACAGCUUGCUAGUGUUGGAGGCUCAUACGAAAUGGAUACAAUGUUGCAGAACGCAUCAAUGGGUAACACGACAUACGGUACUGAGUUGCAUAUUCCGACAUCAGUCACGCCUAUUGAAUGUAUGACAAAAGGCGCCUAUACAUUUUGUGCGAACUGGAAAUACAUUUGGGCAGGAGGCAAGGCAUUAAUAUUGGUGAUCGUCGUAUGUCUUUAUCUCAGCCUCUCGCGAGACUUGUUCGUGAGAACUGCAUCUUAUAGGUCAAGUAAACGAAAAAACGAAGACUCUGUACGCAAUCCAGUUAAAGACAAGCAGGCUUUUAAAACGAUUUUAAUUCUACUUGUUAUAUUAGUUUCAACAGGAGUGCCCUACAUUGCAGUAAAGGUCUACAGGAGUGCCCAUUUUGAUCAAAACAUAAUUAGUGUCUAUAACAAUUUCAUAACCUAUUUUCCAUAUAUCAAUUUCAUCCUCGAUCCUAUCGUUUACAGCAUUCGCUCUCCGGACAUUAACGCAAAGUAUAGGUCCGUAUUUAAGCAAAUAUUUUGCUCCGGGUGCGUAAGCUCACGACAGGACCACACACAAAAUAAGUACAUGGUUGUCCAGGAAAAUCAAGACAGUUCUAAUGUCAUAAAGAUGAAUGAUCUACAAGCAAAACCAGAAAAUGGUAAUUGCACUUCUGUCUAGUCUUAUAAAUUGGGAGGAGUAUAAAAAUUAACUUAAAAUAACUUUAUUAAACUUCCAAUUAUAUUAUCUGACGUUCAAUGUCCAUUGUUCUUGGCCAAUGUAUCUGAAACAAGACAUGAUUUGAACAAUUCCAUAUUGAUGGAUUUCACAUAUUUUUCAAAGUUGGCACACUGUGUAACGUGAAAUUGUUUCAACUCUACUAGAAUGUGGGGGAAACUUAUUGUCUUAGUGUAUAUUUUAUUUAAUACUUUACUUGGUGUCUCCAAUUAAUUU